AUGUCCACCUCCUGCAUUAUUACUCCCGAACCUUCCAGUGGGGCCACCUCUGUCACUAGUAGCGACAUGAGGACGCUGUCGUCUUGUUCCUCUCUACAAGCGACCAGUACCCACUCGUUCCAAGUGCCUGGCAAAGCUCCCAAGGCCAUGAUGUUGCCCAGGUCUGCGUCGACUCAUGGGAUUCCAUCUAAAACCAACAACAACAAGAGCGGCUUGGCGCGACAGAAACGGAAUUCUUGGAUGAGGAGUAGUGUGGUUCGUCGUGCCGCGGCGGUGGUCGAUGAGGAAGUGGCGGCGCUUUGCGACAAGUCGCCGUUUCUGAACAGUCUCACGGAUCGAAGUAAUGACAUUGCGCUCUUUCAUCGAUCCGAGAUUCAGUUGGGAAAGAUGCUGGGGCGAGGUGGUUUUGCGGAAGUCUACACGGUCUCGGACUUUUCCAUUGACAGCAGCGAUAUCACCCAGUUCUUUGACGCUACCGAGGCGCGACGACGAGCUUGUAAAGCAGCCGUCACUUCCUCAUCCUCGGGUCGCCCCAACUACGCCAUCAAGUGUUUACGCAAGAAACUCCUGAGCAAUACACGAGAAUUCCAACAUGCUGCCAUCGAUCUCGCUGUGGAAUCCAAGUACCUGGCAGCCCUGUCGCAUCGACACAUUAUCAAAACACGGGCUCUCACAAAGGGAGGUAGUGCCGCCUUUCGAACGGGCAAGCACGACGAUUUCUUUAUCAUUAUGGAUCAUCUACAAGAAACACUGGAAAACAGACUCCAGCGAUGGCAACAACGGCACGCGUCUCCGUCGUCGGGAGAGGAUGCAGAUGGGUCCACGGCCACUACGACACAUCCGCUCCUUGUCGCUGGGGCCAACCCACCACCACAUUACUAUCAGAGAACAUUGCGCUAUGCUCAUCAGAUUGCCGAUGCGCUCAACUAUCUACACGAUAAAUCCAUUGUCUAUCGAGAUCUCAAGCCUUCCAACCUGGGGUUUCGCGAACGAGACGUCAUUCAACUCUUUGAUUUUGGCCUCUGUCGAGAGCUACCAAAGCCAAAGG